CUUUUAAAACCUCCAAAAACCCUAGAAAGACCAGAGAGAGAGAGAGAGAGAUGAGAGGGAAGAAAGACAGAUCUCAAUAAGCAAAAAAAAAACCCCUAAAAAGAUCUUCAGCCGCCGUAACCAUGCCGAUCUUGUACAUGCUUCCGAUGCCUCAAUCUCUUCAAAAGGGGUAUUACGCAUCGAACAAUCCAUACCAAGCGAGCGGACCAAAAGGGUUCAUUGAGUUCAAGUACUUGAAAGAGACCCCUGAUCUGUACGUGAAGCUUGAUUUCCCAGGAGUCAAGGAAGAUACUGUUCUCGUCCGUCUCGUACCGUCGGAGAAAACUGUUGUCGUCACCGGAGAUGCACCGAAGGAGAGCCCACACGAUUCUUCUCACCGCAAGUACGGUACCGCCACGGGACUCAUCUGUGACUGCUGCGUUAUCAGUAAGUUCCAGGCUUUUGUCGAAAACGGUGUCGUUAGACUCAUCCUCACCAAGAAGAAGACCGAUCUUCAUGGUUUUGCCUUCUGUACCUUUAGAGGUGCAAAGAUGCCUACUGAUAUUCAUUCCCUUGCUUCCAUCAGUCGUGACUAUAAUCCAGAAGACGCAGAUGGCCAUCCUUCUGGUGCUGAUCAUCGCCGUGGACUUGACCCAGAAGGUUCCGGUGGCACUGACCCUCUUGAUCCGGCGCACGCGGGUUGGAACAUACUACCACACCCGUCAGUGUUGGGGGGAUCCAAGAGUACUGUCGAGCCAAAGCAGCUCCCGAACGGUGGUCUGUUUAUCCGUAUCGACAUGCCUGGUGUUCCCGCCAACAGCGUGGCGGUGGUAAUUGACGGGGACAGUGUUGUCACCGUCAUAGGACGAGCUCCUGCGACAAUGCACGACUCAUGUGGGCGUAAUUACUUAGGCAAAGUCGCCCUUGUCCCUAGAGGAUAUGACGGCCGUCGGAUCGAGAUAAACGCCAAGCUUGGUGUCGUCCGUCUCGUUAUCCCUCCCUAGUAAUUUAAAAAUUCAUCGCAUCUUUAAUAGUACUAAUUAAGAUCAUCAAUGCUUUGCUUUUGGAGUUGUCUUGUUUGAAGUUCCAAUGGACCAUCUCAUGCCUCUGUUUGACUUUGCUUUUGGAUUCCCGAAUAUUAGUAAUAUAUAAUUAAGACCUUCAUGAUAAUA